UCGGAGCUGGAGCUGGUUUUCAUUGGCCGAGCCCUCGGUGGGCGGGUUCCUGGGGAGGCUGAGGAAGGAGGCGGCGGCGACGGUUGCUGUGGCGGAGCGGGGCCGGUGACAGGAUGUUGGUGUUAGUAUUAGGAGAUCUGCACAUCCCCCACCGAUGCAACAGUCUGCCAGCUAAAUUCAAAAAACUGCUGGUACCUGGAAAAAUUCAGCACAUUCUCUGCACUGGAAACCUUUGUACCAAAGAAAGUUAUGACUAUCUGAAGACUCUAGCUGGAGAUGUUCACAUUGUUAGAGGAGACUUUGAUGAGAAUCUGAAUUAUCCAGAACAGAAAGUGGUGACUGUUGGGCAGUUCAAAAUUGGUUUGAUCCAUGGACAUCAAGUAAUUCCGUGGGGCGAUAUGGCCAGCUUAGCAUUGCUACAAAGGCAGUUUGAUGUGGACAUUCUCAUUUCAGGACAUACACACAAAUUUGAGGCCUUUGAACAUGAAAAUAAAUUUUACAUUAAUCCAGGAUCUGCCACUGGAGCAUAUAAUGCUCUGGAAACAAACAUCAUUCCUUCAUUUGUAUUGAUGGAUAUCCAGGCCUCUACAGUUGUCACUUAUGUGUAUCAGCUAAUUGGAGAUGAUGUGAAAGUAGAACGAAUUGAAUAUAAAAAAUCCUAAAGUAGGCCUCUUGGUGAUCUUUUUUGUUCCAUUCCCUUGUUCGAAUCAAGUAAUUAAACAUUCAUAAGCCACAGAAUUGGGACAUUUUUAAAGUAUUAUGCAUUAAAAACUAACAUCUUAUUUGGUGAUACAUAAUUUGCUACAAGCUUAUUGUAAACUAUAAGAAUGUAUUUAGUUUAUAGGACAUGAUUUCUAAGGAAUAACUUGUACCACAUGAUAAAUGGAUGUAUGUAAAAAAAAGUUAGCUCUGUAAAUAUCUUCAUGUUAACAUGCAAGCCUUUGUUACCAACAUAGUGCAUGAAUAGAAGAGUUCCAGACUGCCUCACUGUAUACACUAUCCUUCUCUUUAUACUGUAAUAAACACUUAGCUUUCACUUAUCCUCCCUUGAUAACCUGUGUUUUAAUAUUCAAGCUUGAAAAAAUGAGGGAUCAAAUGAAAACAUGGGUAGAGACUGUAGGACAAGGUGACCUUUACAAUCUCUUUGAGGACAAAGCCUGUAUGAUGUGACUCAGGGGAGUCUUUCUGGUGUGGACAUAAUUUCCUCAAACAAAAGAUGUUUCUGAAAAGUUAUAUGCCAAUCAAAUUUGUCAGUUGAGUGAAAUUUUUAUCUUCAUUUAAAACAUUUGAUCCUCAACAGCUGAGCCUUUUCAAGUAAUUAAUGAUUUGUAGAAAGCACUUGCAGCAGCCCUGAGAAGUUCUUAUUUAAGACCGUCUAUGGCAGCUGCUUUUGUAAUGCAAAUCACUGCCUUCUAUUUAAUGAGUUCUGUAUGAAGGCUUUUCUUGAAGUAUCCAACAUGAUUAUUUUCAUGUCAAAGUUGCACUCUAAGUGACCAUAUGACUGUCUAUAUUUCCAUAGUAUCUAUUCAGCUUACUUAGGAAGUAAUAGUCAAGACGUCCAAUUCAACAAACAUUUAUUUAGGAUUUAGCACAGAGAGAAAAGGAAUCAUUUCCAGCGGGAUACUCAUGUAAAAUUCACUAUUUAAUAUAGCCUUUGGUAGCAAAUGCUUUAAAGAAAACUAAAAGAAUUCUUAUUUUUCUUUUAAGUGACAUGAAAGGUUUUAACUACAAAUAUGAGCUUGGAUUACAGAUAAAUUUUACUGCACAAAUAUCACUGAAACACUGAACUACAUCAAACCAGUUACAUGUUCACAAGCCCAGUUUUGGAAUGUUCCCAAACUAGCCAAUAAGACAAAAGUGAGUAACAUAGUACUGACCUAAAAUUAGUUAUGAACAGAAUUCACAACCUCCUCCUUUGGCACAUGACUUUGUAGAAUCAAUGACUUGGAUUGAUUUAGGCCAGUAACUGAAACCAGGACUACAGGACAAGAGUGUCAAAUUCAUAUCAGCUUUUCCCCUUGCUCUUCUAUCGACAUUGACUGCAUACACUUAUUUAAUAAAUCUUCAUCUCUUCUUUCUUCACUCAUGUAUGAGUCAGAAUCAUUUGUGAAAGCUGAAUGAAAAAGAAUGUUAAAUUAAAAACAGCCAGCUGCAUUUUAUUCUGGAGUCUUAAGGACAUUAUAAUUACAACCUUCAAAAUGAUUAGUUAUGCACUCAGAGCAAAACCAACUUCUACUUGCAGACCUAACAAAGGUACUCCACACUGCAAAAACAGGACUCCAGAUACUUAGUGAGUGCUGCAAAAUAUGUCCCAUUUUUCCGUUGGCUCGAAUUGCAAAAUCAGAGAUCCCUAAAUCCUCUGGGGCUGAAUACUUUUGGCCAAGAAGUGGGGAAGGUACCUGUCAGCCCUAUACCAUGCAUGGCAUCUAAAGCUUUACCUGAUAGGACUUAGUUUAGUUUUCCCUUCUGGAAUUCUUGACUGGAAGAAGCCAUCACUUCUUCCCCUGAGGGCACAGAAAUUUUCUUCCUACUAGAGACUAACUAUAUUUGCAACUUCUAGCAUUAUGCUUCCCUAUUCCUUCUAUUUUGUUUUAUUCUCCAUAGAACACACAUUUAUAAAGCACUUUAACGUUUACAAAGAGCUUUCUUCGUGACUACUGUGUGAAGCAGGAAGUGGAGGCAUAGAUGUUUGUCCCAUCAGCAUUUCAAAUUCAUUAUCUUCUAAAGGAAAUUCAUCAUCUUUCCCCCAAACUACUUCCUUUUCUAACUUCCCUAUUUGUUGGUGACACUGCCAUUCCCAUAACCACGCUUGAAUCUUGAAAUAAUCUUUUGAUUCCUCCCUUUGUUCUUCACAUCUGGUCUGUUCUAUUCCAUAAACACUAAUUGCCUUUUAUGUGCACAGCUUAUGGUUCUUAUGGUCUAGUUUUAUCAGUUCUACCUUGUUACCUCUUGUAUCUAUGCCCUUCUGACCAUUUCUACUGUCCCAACCCUAGUCUAGGAUCUCAUUACCUUUCACCCACACUACUGCAAAAACAUGUAUCCUCUAGCUUUUUUUCUUCCAGACAGCCUAUCUAGCACUGUUAAUUUAAUCUUCCUAAGGCACAUCUCUGAUCAUGUCACUUUUUGGUUCAAAAAGCCAUCAAUGGAUUCUUAUUGACUGCUGAAUAAAUUCUUUAGCCUAGCGUUCAAGGUCCUCCAACAUCUGACUCCAAUCAGCCUUAUCUGCUAUUAUUCUCCCUCACACAUCUCUAAGCUUUGAUGAUGUUCCCUUCUCUUAAUGUUCUUGAUGACCUAACUCUGGUAGACUUUGCUACCAUGCCUCAGAUGCCUUCUCAUGUUGGAAGAUCCUUCCCUAUGGCCUCAUCUCCCAAUGGCAAGCUCCUCCUGGAACCUUCAUUUUGAGGAAGAGCCCAGGCCAGCCUUCACUCUUCUCUUUGUUCCCUUUCUGUCUAGACUAAACCACUCUGCCUCCUACUUUCUCUUUCCCCCUUCCCUUUUCAGCUCCCUUUUACAUAUGAGCUUUCUUCACCUUUUGGAAUGUAAGCUCCUUCUGGUCAGAGAUUUCAUUUUUGCUUGUAUUUGCAUUCCCAGAACUAAGGGCUGUGCCUAGCACAUAGUAAGUGUUUAAUAAAUGUUUAUUGGGUUGACUUCUUUCCAAUUGCACAGCCACUGCCCUAAUUCAAGCCCUCAUCUCUCACCUAGGCUACUGUAACAGCCUCCUACUGGUCUUCCUACCUUGUCUCUUCCCACUCCAAUCCAUUCUUUUUUCUUUAAAUUUUUACUUUUUUCAAUGACUAAAAUCUUCAAUCUCCUUCCCAUCUUCCUGAUUCCUUUGAAAAUGAAACAAACCAACCCUGUUAUAAACAUGUAUAGUCAGGGAAAACAAAUUCCUCCUUUGGCAUGUCCAAGAGAAAUAGGUCUCAAUCUAGGUAGUAUUUUUUUAUCCUGAGUCCUCUGGUAUCAUUGUUUUGAUCAGAAUUCUAACAUUUUUCAAAGUUGUUUGUCUUUACAAUAAUGUUAUUCUAUGCCCAAAAGCAUAUAUAAAACUGUGCAUACCCUUGGACUCAACAAUACCACUGCUAGGUCUGUAUCCCAAAGUGAUUUUAAAAAGGAGGGGAGGGGAAGAAGGACCCAUAUGUACAAAAAUAUAGCAGCUCUUUUUGUAAUGGCAAAGAACUGGAGAUUGAGGGGAUGCCCCUCAACUGGGGAAUAAACAAAUUGUGGUAUAUGAUUGUGAUGGAAUUCUAUUGUGUUAUAAGAAAUGACGAGCAGGAUGAUUUCAGAAAAACCUGGGAAGAAUUACAUCAACUAAUGCAAAAUGAAGUGAGCAGAAUCAAAAGAAUAUUGUACACAGUAACAGCAAUAUUGUAUAAUGAUCAACUCUCAAUAACUUAGCUAUUCUCAGCAAUACAAAGAUCCAAAAUAAUUCCAAAGGACUUGUGAAAAAUGCUAUCCACCUUCAGAGGAAGAACUGAUGGAGUCUGAAUGCAGAUUAAAGCAAUUUUUUUUUUUACUUUAUUCUUGUUUUUUGUUUGUUUUCUUACACAACAGAGAAAUGUUUUGCAUGACUGCACUUGUUCAACCUAUAUCUAAUUGCUUGCCUUCUCAAUGGAAGAAGGGAGAGAAUUUGGAACUCAAAUUUUUUUUAAAAAAAUUUACAUGUUGCCCCAGUUACUGAGCCGCCGCUGAGGACUCAGCAGCCUCCCCCUCGAGCCCCCUCGCUUCCCGACGCUACGUCCCCCCGCCCGCCUUCUCCCGCCACCGCCUUCCGCAGGCCGUUUCCACCGAGGAAAAGGAAUCGUAUCGUAUGUCCGCUAUCCAGAACCUCCACUCUUUCGACUCCUUUGCUGAUGCAAGUAAGGGUGAUGACCUGCUUCCUGCUGGGACUGAGGAUUAUAUCCAUAUAAUAAUUCAACAGAGACACGGCAGGAAGACCCUCACUACUGUCCAGGGGAUCGCUGAUGAUUACGAUAAAAAAAAACUAGUGAAGGCAUUUAAGAAGAAAUUUGCCUGCAAUGGUACUGUAAUUGAGCAUCCAGAAUAUGGAGAAGUAAUUCAGCUACAGGGUGACCAGCACAAGAACAUAUGCCAGUUCCUCGUCGAGAUUGGACUGGCUAAGGACGACCAGCUGAAGGUUCAUGGGUUUUAAGUGCUUGUGGCUCACUGAAGCUUAAGUGAGGAUUUCCUUGCAAUGAGUAGAAAAAUUCCCUUCUGUCCCUUGUCACAAGUUUAAAAACCUCACAGCUUGUAUAAUGUAACCAUUUGGGGUCCGCUGUUUAACUUGGACUAGUGUAACUCAUUCAUGUAAUAAACUGAAAAGAGCCAU